CGCAUACUCUUUUGGUUAAGAGAUAGAGAGUGAGAGAGGGGGUUACUUACCAGGGAUCGGAGUGUGUAUAAAAGGCCCUACUAGGUCUGAACCUUCAAGUGCCGCCCCUGUGCUCCUCACUAGUCCUUUCUCCAUCACGAGCGUUAGGCUUCCCCUCAGCUGCAAAGCUCGACGACUGGAAGCAGCAAUGGCGUCCACGAGGCCGCUGCUCGUCGCGCUCUGCGUGCUGGCGCUGUUCGCCGUGAGGUCCGAGUCCCACGGCCUGGAGGACUUCACCGGCGGGAGCGCCGAGGCGACGCCGGCGAUGCAGACCUUCUUCAAGCCCGAGGCCGCGGCGCUCCCGGAGGCCCUGGACGGCUCCAUGCCCGCGGCCAGCAGCAUGGCCGCCAAGCCGGAGGCCUCGGCGAUCCCGACCACCACCGCGACGGGCGCGGCCGCAACCACCGGCGCCGCCGCCACUACCGCGGCGCCCGCCCCGGCGCGCAGGUCCGUGUCCGUGGCCGCUGGCGUGGCCUGCGGCGUCGCGGCCGUGGCCGUGGUCGGCAUCGCGGCCGCCGUGGCGUACGUGGUGCGCGGCCGGCGCGGCGCGCGGCGCGGCACGGAGGUCCAGCUCGGCUCCUCCCCGUGAGCGGCCGCCUAGCUAGCUAGCUAGCGGGACCCACGUCACCCACCCACCAGGCCUCUUGUUAUGAUAGGCCAUCAUUAUUAGCUGGUCACGAGCGUCAAUUUAGCUUUGCUUUUGUACUAUUGAUUGAUGAGGAUAUGGUUUGGUUUUGGGGUUAGUAGUUUGCUUCAUCCGGUCAUGCCGGUGGCUAUCGUCGGUGAAGGAUGAUCACAGGCUUCAGGCCAGCCAGCAGCGGUGCAUUGUAACAUAAAUAAUGCUGGUGGUAGCGUGAUGUGUGGUGUCGUGUGUUCAGACCUUUGUUAUAUAUUGCUGCAUCAGGAUUUCAGGAUACUACGUUUGCUGAAAGAAUAAUGUUGCCGUGUUUAGGAUU